UGUAGUACAUGAACCGUGAAUUAAAUGGUCACCAAGAACGUUUUUUAUUCGCUGAUAGAAGAGGAGAAGAACAAAUUCUUGUUUUUGGUAGUGAGGCAAGUGCUGCAUGGUCAAAUCAAAUGGAGCAUGUUUUUAUGGAUGGAACUUUUUCAGGUAAUUUUUAG